GGAAGUGGCGUCACCGUUGGUCCCUGGCGGGCGCGAGGCCGGAAGUGUCGUCGGCGCUGAGGGACGAAGGCGAUGGCGGCCUGGGCCCGUGUGGCGGCGGUGGGGGCGGCGGCCGUGAGGCGUUGCGGGGGCGUCCAGUACGGGUCCGGCCCGGCCCCAGCGGUGUACGACGUGGUGGUGGCCGGAGGGGGGAUGGUGGGCGCCGCCGCCGCCUGCGCGCUCGGGCACGACGUCCGCCUGGGCCGCAAGAGGAUCCUGCUGCUGGAGGCCGGGCCCAAGAGGGCCGCGGGCCGCCCGCCUGCCCACUUCGGCAACCGAGUCAGCGCCAUCUCCCCCGCCUCCGCCGACUUCCUCGCCAGUUUCGGCGCCUGGGAGCACAUCUGCGCCACGCGAUGCAAAGCCUUCCGGAGGAUGCAGGUGUGGGACGGCUGCUCGGAAGCCCUGAUCACGUUCGAUAGGGACGAGCUGGACGCCAUGGGCUACAUCGUGGAGAACGACGUCAUCAUGGCGGCCCUCGCCCGGCGGCUGGAGGCCGUGGCGGAUCGCGUGGACGUCCAGUACGGGAGCCGAGCGGCGGAGCUGUCCUGGGCCGCGGCCGACCCCUGGCUCGGCGUCACCCUGGCCGACGGCCGCCGCCUGCGCGCCCGGCUGCUGGUGGGGGCCGACGGGCCGGACUCGCAGGUGCGCCGGGCGGCGGGGAUCCGCACCGUGGGCUGGCCGUACGACCAGGAGGCCGUGGUGGCCACGCUGCACCUGUCCGAGGCCACCGACAACAACGUGGCGUGGCAGCGGUUCCUCCCCACGGGCCCCAUCGCGCUGCUGCCGCUGUCCGACACCGUCAGCUCCCUGGUCUGGUCCACCUCCCCCGAGCGGGCGGCCCGGCUGGUCGGCAUGGAGGAGGAGGCCUUCCUGGACGCCGUCAACUCGGCCUUCUGGAGCGACGCCGAGCACAUGGAGGCGGCGGCGGCAGCGGGCCGGGCCCUGCGGCGGAUCCUGGGGGUCCUGGGCCCCGCGGGGCCCCCGGCCCGCCAGCUGCCCCCCAGCGUGGCCCGCGUGGCCCCCGGCAGCCGGGCCCGCUUCCCCCUGGCGCUGGGGCACGCCGCCGACUACGUCCGGCCCCGCCUCGCCCUCGUCGGGGACGCGGCACACAGAGUCCACCCCCUGGCCGGCCAGGGGGUCAACAUGGGCUUCGGGGACGCGGCCAGCCUGGUGCGGCGCCUGGGGGGGGCCGCCUUCGACGGCAGGGAUCUGGGCUCCCCGAGCCUCCUGGCCGGCUACGAGACCGAACGGCAGCGCCGCAACGUCUGCCUGCUGGCCGCCACCGACCUCCUCAAGAGGCUCUACUCCUCCGCCGCCGCCCCCGCCGUCCUGCUCAGGACCCUGGGCCUGCAGGCCGCCAACGCCCUCGGCCCCGUCAAGGAACAGAUCGUGGCCUUCGCGAGCAGGUGAUGCCCCCGGACCCGCCGCCCGUUAUUUUGGAGGAAAUAAACGUCGGACGCUGGGCCCCCA